AUGAAGAAUGAAGUGUUUCCGCUCAUAAAGCUCAGGCUUCAAAACAGUGAAACGGCUCGGUUCUGGUGUGAUAACUGGUCUCUUUUUAGAGCCCUUUUCACUCAUCUCUCAGGCAGCAACUCAAGAUUGGCGAUACCUCUUCAAGCUACUGUAUCCUCAUUGUGUCCUAAUGGCUCAUGGGUACUUCCACCAGCUCGGAAUGAAGCUCAACUUCAGCUCUAUGCCUACCUCACAAUUGUCCAAUUAAUUGAUAAUCAAGACUACUACGAGUGGGAGAUAAAUGACAAAACAUACACUAGUUUCAAAACAGGUAUCAUUUAUGAUUACCUUAUGGAACAACUCCAUGAUGUCUCUUGGUAUGCUUCUGUCUGGUUCUCAAGGGCAAUACCACGGCGUAGCUUCCACAUGUGGCUAGUGAUACAGAACAGACUCCCCACUCGUAAUAGGCUCAUCCAUUGGGGACUACAAGUUGAUCCUCAAUGUCUGCUCUGUAAUAGGAGCCCAGAGUCGAGAGAUCAUCUCUUUUUCUUCUGUCAGUUCAGCUACGAUCUGUGGACGCUUGUGGGGCGACGACUUGACCUCACACCUAUCAGGGACUGGGCCGGUACACUUCAACAGAUGACCUCUCUCUCGAUAUCUCUACUGCAGAAACUACUUGUCCUUCUUGCUUGGCAAGCGACAACCUACUGGUUCUGGAAUGAGCGAAACACAAGACUCCACACCAAUACCUUUCGCUCGACUGAUCAGCUCUUCAAGCAAAUUGAUCGCCAACUUAGGAAUAAACUACAGAGCUUCAGCGACUCAAACCCAAAUCGAUCCUCCUUGAUGAUGCAGAGUUGGUUUUGUUUUGGAUGA